AUGUCGUCCGGCCAUGGAGACGCAAAGCUCUUUGCAAGGGGAAAGGUUGCGGAAUUACGGCAAGAGCUUGCCAAUCCGGGAAAAAAAGAAAAGAAUCAUACCACCAAGAAGAAUGCUCUCAAGAAGAUUGUUGCCAAUAUGACAAUGAGCAACAACGACAUGGUCGCCUUGUUUCCGGAUAUUGUAGCUUGUAUGGAGAUCCCCGUCCUUGAAAUCAAGAAAAUGUGUUUCUUGUAUCUUCAACACUACGCCCGGAUGAAACCAGACAUCGCUUUGAGGGCCCUACCAGUCUUACAAGAAGAUAUGCAGGACCCGAACCCCUUGGUCCGCGCAUUGGCCUUGAGGACGGUUUCAUACAUUCAUGUGAGGGAAUUCGUCGAAGGCACAAUUAGCCCAUUGAAGAAGUUAAUGGCAGAUCAAGAUCCUUAUGUACGAAAAACUGCAGCCAUCACGGUAGCCAAAGUCUAUGAUCAUGACAAACAUCUCAUUGAAAGAUCGGAUCUGAUCGAUCGACUCAAUAGAAUGCUGAAGGAUGACAAUCCAACAGUGGUCGCGAGUGCAUUGUCGGCACUACAAGAUAUUUGGGAGAGGAACGAGAACAUCAAAUUGACGAUUGACUAUGCUAGCGCAUCGAAAAUCAUCUCGAUCCUCCCCGACUGCAAUGAAUGGUCUCAGACCUAUGUUCUGGAAGCUCUAAUCUCGUAUGUCCCGACUGAAUCGGGAGAAGCACUUUUAUUGGCGGAUCGGAUUGCCUCUCGGCUUUCCCAUUCCAAUUCGGCGGUUGUGCUGACCUGCAUACGGGUAAUCAUGUACCUGAUGAACUAUAUCUCAGACCGGAAGAAGGUGGAAGAGCUCUCGCGCAAGUUAUCGCCGCCCUUGAUUACCCUCCUCUCCAAGCCUCCUGAGAUACAGUAUCUGGCGCUGAGAAAUGCCAUUCUGAUCCUUCAACAAAGACCCGAGGUCCUUCAGAACGACAUUCGCGUCUUCUUCUGCAAAUACAACGAUCCCAUCUAUGUCAAAGUGACAAAACUCGAGUUGAUUUUCAUGCUUGCCAACAAAAGCAACAUAUCCGUCGUGCUCAACGAACUGAGAGAAUACGCCACAGAGAUUGACGUUCAGUUCGUGCGCAAGGCCGUUCGAGCAAUCGGAAAGCUCGCGAUCAAGAUUGAACCGGCGUCACGACAAUGUAUCGACACUCUCCUCGACCUUGUCAACGCAAAAAUUCCAUAUAUCGUCCAAGAAGCAACGGUGGUUAUCAAAAACAUCUUCCGAAAAUACCCUAAUCAAUACGAAUCCGUCAUCUCGACAGUGAUUGGCCAGAUCGACGAGCUUGACGAGCCCGAAGCGAAGGCGGCGAUUAUCUGGAUCAUAGGAGAAUACGCCGAUCGGAUCGAUAAUGCCGAUUCACUGCUCCAGGAUUACCUGUCGACCUUCCAUGAAGAGCCGACUGAGGUCCAACUGGCGCUGUUGACCGCCACGGUUAAACUCUUCUUGCAUCGCCCGACGAAAGGAUCUUCAAUCGUCCCCCAAGUGCUGAAAUGGUGCACGGAAGAAACCGAUGACCCGGAUCUUCGAGAUCGUGGAUAUAUGUACUGGCGACUUUUGUCCACCGACCCAGUGACGGCGAAGAAAGUCGUUAUGGGAUCCAAACCACCGAUCACCGCUGAGAGCGAGAAACUGGAUCCCACGACACUCGAAGAGUUGUGCUUGGGUAUCGGCACGCUUGCGACCAUCUAUCUGAAGCCAGUCCAACAAGUUUUCCGCACUGCAAGGUCUCGUCGGCUCCAAGAUUCACCUGCAUUGCAAAAAAAGAAAGAUGAUUUGACCCGAGCGCUUGGAUCACCGGGAGUGAAUCUCGCACAUCCCCUGCUACUCAAUACCGCGGUCACGACCCCUGGAGGGACACCUGUCCCAGGUCACCAAGCAGCGAUUGAUGCUGCGGAUGAGUACUUCAAGAAUUUGAGCCUGAGUGAUAAUAGUGCAGGGGACAUUCUCACUACUCCAACAAUGGGCGGUGCGGGAGAAAACCCAUAUGUUGUGAGCCAGAAUGCCCCGCAACAGGUGUUUCAUCCGCAGCAAAGCUUUACGCACAGUGGAGACCUCCUGUUGUAG